AUGGCAGAUUUCCCACUGUUAUCUGUCAUGCCGUUUGCGCAGUUCCCAGCGCGCCUCGAAAUCCUAUCUACGAAAACACCAUUCCUGCUCCACGAAGCAUUGACACCACUCUUUCUGCUAUUUUUAACGCUUCUAUGCUAUCCGCAUAAGUCAUUUUUACGGAAUGCGAUCGCGCUGCCGGUCAUUGUCGGGUUAUAUGUCCGGUUAGCGGUGGUGUACAGCAGUAGCCAUUGGGGUCUCGCGUUUUGUGUCGGCGCCGGCGCGUAUUUUGGGAGUCUUCAGGCAUUCAAUCUACUCGUUGUGAAGGAUGUAGGAAGAGACAAGGACAUUCGAUGGACAACCGACGAUACAGGAAUCCAAAACAACGGUUUCAACCAUGGGAAUGGGAUUACAAACGGUGGGGCCCACAUUACCAAAGGGGAAGAACGGGAGCUUAACGCGAGGACUCACCAAACCGGGAAUGGCUCCACCAACGAUAUCGCGAAUGGGUCCCCGAAGAAUAUCGCAAAACUUGACAAUCCAGGUCUUGGGUAUCCGACUCUAGCAACAUAUCCUCUUCGACAGCGAGCCCGAUUUACUUUCUCUUUACUAUGUGCUUCCAGAGGUGUAGGCUUUAAGUUUCAAGUUCGACGUGUGAGACCACCUCCUUCACCAUCUGACUCUCAUAUCUCUUUCCUAGUCACCCAUUUUUCCUAUAUUUUUCUAGCAUAUAUUAUUCUCGAUACAUUUGGUUACGCUAUCGCCCACGACCCCUUUUUCUAUACCCCAGGUUGCUGGAAGACACCUUUUCAUCCGCCAGCAUUGUCCCAAGAACAAUGGACUGCUAUCUGUUUCCCGGCCUCGGUCCCACAAGAUCCCGCGAUCCGAUGGUUAUAUCACAAUAUCGCCCGUAAAUAUCUCUCCCUCUUUGCCGUAUACGCCAUUCUUUGCCAGUUGUUUAGCAUAGCAGCCGUUCUAUUCACAACCCCGAUCCCAGUCACCUCUCCAUCCUCAUGGGCCCCAUUAUUUGGACCAAUAAGCGAAGCGACUAGUCUUAGAGGGUUCUGGACAUCUUAUUGGCAUAGUAUCUUCAAGAAAGGAUUUUCAUAUCCAGGAGAAUGGGUGGCAUAUCAAGUGCUGGGACUGGAAAGAGGAAAUGUCUGGGCACAAGUCAUUGUAGUGUUUUCUGCGUUUUGGAAUUCAGCGGGGUUACAUGGCAUUGGUGCGUGGACAUUGAAUGGAACGGGACUUGCGGCAACGGGGUACUUUGUCAUACAAUCGGUGGGGGUUUUAAUCGAAAUGGUUAUUAUCAAGUUGUUAAAGAUCUUGGGGGUAAAUGAGAAGGGGACACUAGGGAAGGCAGUGACAUUCACCUGGAUGAUGGUAUGGGGUCUAUGGAGCUGCGAAAUCUUCUUCUAUGACUUUCUGGCGGCUGGUGUGGCAGGGACCGAACCUGUUGCAUGGAGUGCUUGGAGAUGGUGGACCGGGGAAGGAGAGGCGUAUAGAUGGGGACCACCGGGGAAAUGGCUGCGAUGGGACGAAAAUAGUCUGGGCGGCUGGGGGGUUCGAGUCUGA